AUGAAGCCGUUGAUUCACAGUAGGAAGGUUUGGGAGAGGGUAGUGGAGAAGCGAGUGAGGAUAAAUGUAUCUAUCUCUGAGAACCAGUUUGGAUUUAUGCCGGGAUGGUCAACUACAGAAGCCAUUCACCUUGUGAGACGAUUGGUGGAGCAAUAUAGGGAGAGGAAAAAGGACUUGUACAUGGUGUUCAUUGACCUUGAGAGAGCUUAUAACAAAAUCCCGAGGGAGAUGCUAUUGAGAUGUUUUGAGGCUAGCGGAGUACCGGUAGCGUACAUUAGGGUGACUAAGGACAUGUACGAAGCAUUGGAUGUGCUGACACGACACAUACAAGGGUGGGUGCGAUGGUGUAUGUUAUUUGCAGAUGACAUAGUACUGAUUGGUGAGACGCGAGAGGGUGUUAAUGCUAGGCUGAAAGCUUGGAGACAGUCGCUGAAGUCCAAAGGUUUCAAGUUGAGUAGGUCAAAAACUGAAUACUUGGAGUGCAAGUUCAGUGAUGAGAGGCAUGAAGAAGAAGUAGAAGUGAAGAUUUAUACUCAAGUCAUUCCCAAAAUAGAUAGUUUUAAGUACCUUGGGUCUAUAAUCCAAGGCAACAGGGAGAUUGACGAGGAUGUCACUCAUGGUAUUGGUUUAGGGUGGAUGAGAUGGAGGGUGGUGGUCAUACUGGCUAUGUUGUAUGGAGUUAAGUGUUGGCCCGUCAAAAAGUCCCAUGUCCAGAAGAUAAAAGUAGCUGAAAUAAGGAUGUUGAGAUGGAUGUAUGGACAUACCAGGAAAGACAAGAUUAGGAAUGUUGUUAUUAGAGACAUGGUGAGAGUGGAAUCCAUGGAAGACAUGUUUGGGGAAUCGAGGAUGCGAUUGUUUGGGCAUGUGAAGAGGAGAGACAUAGUUGCCCUGGUCAAGAGGUGUGAGAGGUUGACCAUGGCGGGCUUGAGGAAGGGCACGGGUAGGCAAAAGAAGUAUUGGGGAGAGGUGAUUAGGCAGGAUAUGUCGGUGCUUCACCUAACCAAGGAUAUGACUAGCGAUAGGAAGCUUUCGGACACCAGUGAGGUUGCUGCUUCCAGUGCAUCAGGCGACCCGAGGUGGUUCUGCAGGCCUCCGCGGACCUUGGCAUCUCAUUAUAUCCUUCAUUCUGUUUCUUUCAUAUGGCGAGAACAUGCACUUCCUCAUCCCUUGAUCAGCAGCCCGAGCCCCCAGCAGCAGCUUCUACGAGGGACAGAGGGCGAGGCCGAGGUCGUGCUAGAGGCCGAGGCAGGGGCAAAGCUCAACCCAUAG